AUGCGUUUCUCCACUGCUACCGUCUUGUCGACCUUCGCGGCCGUUGCUGCUGCCUACACCCAGCCCGACUACAGCAAGGAUCCUUCGGGUAACCCCAUUUACACCCCUUCUCUGAACGAGCAGGUUCCCGAGGGCAAGCCCUUCGAGAUCACCUGGGACCCCACCCUUGGUGAUGUCGUCUCUCUCGUCCUCCUCCAGGGCCCCAGCACCAACACUCAUGUCCUCGAAACCAUCGUUGAGAACAUCGAGAACACCGGUUCCUACACUUGGACCCCCAGCACCAGCCUGACCCCUCAAACCACCCACUACGGUCUUCUGCUCGUUGUCGAGGGUACCGGCGCAUACCAGUGGUCUACCCAGUUCGGUAUCUCUGCCGCUGACUCCAGCUCCAGCUCCAGCUCCAGCUCCAGCUCUGCUUCUACCUCUGCCACCGCCUCUGCCUCUGCCUCUGUCUCUGACGCCAUCGUCACCGUCGUCGAAGACAAGACUACCACCAUCUGCCCCGAGACUGAGACUCAGGCCACCGCUACUGCCAACCCCACCACUGCUGUCGAGGCCACCACCGUCUUGGAGACCACCACUGCUGCCCCCACUGCCCCGGCCACCAUCCCCCUGCCCACUGGCACCCUGUCCCGCCGCCCCAUCAAGCCCUCUGCUUCCCCCGCUAGCAGCGCCUUGUCUGCCUCGGGUACCACCACCGCCACCCCCGUCGCCACCCCAGCCUACAACGCUGCUGGCCAGAACACCAUCAGCUUCGGCGCCGUCGUCGCUGCCCUGUUCGCCGUCAUGGCCUUCUAA